UUAAAAAAAAUACACUUGCUGGUUCAGGAAUGAAAUUUUUAAAUGUAGAGUGAAUUAUUUGCAGUAUAUUUUAGAAAUAAAAAUGACAGAAUCCCUUUAAGCUUCCAUCCCCUAGUGAUUAAAAUGACUUACCAGAUACCCCAGGCCCGUGCUCAGAAACGGCAGCCUCCUGGGGGACUUCUGUGCAAGCACCACUGAGUGAUCUUCUUCCACUUCUAAUUUCUCCUCUUGUCCCGAGCUAGAAAUAUCUACUCUGGCUCAGGGUAUCAUGUGAGGGAUUAUAAUCACUCUUAACACCCCUAACAUUUGGCAUCCCCUUAUGAUUAAAACUUUCUUUCUCUUUUAAGACGUGUUUCCUGGUAAAGAGCAAGGAAACGCAUAAAGAAAUCCUCGUCUGUAAGAGACCUAAUGGACAAAUCGUUUGACGCUGUGUAUGUCCGGGAGACUGCCAUCAAUAUGAGUGAAGAGAUAUUGAGUGAAGAAAAUACCGCCUGCCUGCUGAGCUGUAAAUGUCCCUUCACCUGAUGUGUUUUGAUCAAGGCCAAACUGCAUUUUUUAGAAUUCCUUUUGCUGAGUGCCUCCCUUCUGUGGCAUGGGUUGAGCUGAGACUAAGAAUCUUCCUCUACAAACAGCAUAACAUAAAGCUAACUGGCAAAAAGUUACACAAUAGUGCAAAAUGUUUAAAUAAGAAGAUGGUGGUUGGCUUUGGUGCGAUUGCUAGACUUGCUCUGACAUUGCAGACUUAGUGAAUCUCAUUGACUACAAUGGUUUUGCGAUACUCAUUAUGACAUCAUAGUUGCAGAAGAUGAUUGGCUCCUCCCAUCCGCAAGAUGCAUUGUGACCUCACAAAGCUGUAAAAGGUAUCCAGAAGCUCUGACACUCAGACCAUCAUUCUGUUACUUGCAGAGGCUAAAGCAACAACCUCUGUGUUUAACAGACUUUUUUUGAAAAAUUACUAAAAUGAAAAUGACAAGUUUUAUCAUCUUUUUAAUUCUAAGUAAUUUGACAUCGUUGUUAUUGCUGAACUUCUUCCCAUUUUUUCAAACACGGAUGUUUCGAGGGAAAUACAAGAACAAGUCAGUUGGUAAUGAUUCCAAUCUGCUGUUUGGCAAAUAUUCUGGAGGAACACAAAGUCAGUUGGAAGAAACAUCUUUUAUUGAAGCUGCAGACCCAGUGAAUCAGCUCAGGAUAUAUGUUGAAAGACGGACCCGAGAUGCCUCCAAGUAUGAAGGACUGCCUAUAAAUCCACAGCCGUCAGUAGAGGAACCACAUAAAGAAAAGACUUAUGACGAAAAGGAGAUUGACUUAAUCACUAUGCGCAAGUGGCUGGAUAGCGGCAUUAUCACACUAUGGUACGAGCCUCAGAUAACAUUAGAGCUUGAAAAGGAAUACAAUCAAAUGGAGGCCGACCUGGGAAUGUUAAAGAAGUACAAAAGCCGAGAAGAGUACCUUGAGAAAUGUCCCAUGCGCUACAUGAAAUCUCCCAACCUGUUUGAAAUCUACGCUAGAGAAACGUUGAACCCAAUUAAAGAAUUUCAGCUCUACAUGGAAAAAGUCAAAAACAGCAGCACGUCUUUAAGAAACGGAGCAGAAUCAAUCGCUUCUUUAAUUAUGGCUGUCCUUUUACAAGUGUUAUUUUAUCAUUAUUAGCCAUAUUUUGUUUUUUUAAAUCUGCUUCCACUCUCUGUCCAUUGGGAAUAUCCUGUAAUACUCUUAUUUAUCUCUAUUUUCUAUCAAAAUAAAAGUGAAUUAUCUGCACAUGUGAUUCUUGUUUUAUGUUUUUGUAUUAAGAAAAAGUAUAUCCUUAUAAUUCUUUUUAUAUCCAGCAAUUGAUUUGUUAUGGGGAGGCCUAAUUACUAAUUAUACAAAAAGAGGGGGUUGUGGGAGCGCUCA